GCGGCUAAGACGGAUCGCAGAGCUCGAGGAUAUCAUUGACGAUGGCCGAGCACGAUCUAACAAAAACGAUAAUUCCAUACUUGGAUCGCCAUUUGGCAUUCCCACUGCUCGCCCAUCUGGUGGAGACACAGCUCUUCCCAGUCGAGCAGGUACAGGCUGCGCAAUAUGAACUCGCCAAGGGUACCAACAUGGUGGAUUACGCGGUCAAUCUGUUCGAACAGCUGUACCCUGAUCAAGAAGUUCCAGAAGAAUUCUCCAGAAAGAGGGAGACGGCCGUCUCCACAAAUGAACGACUACAGCAAGAGGCACAGGCUGUCCUGGACGUGAUCGAAAAUCCGGGUGUCGCCCAAGCGUUACGUCAAGACAAAAACCAAAAUUUGACGUUCCUUAAGGACAAUUACAAUGUCACCUUGGAGCAAAUCAAUGCAUUGUACAACUUUGGUCAAUUCCAAUAUACGUACGGAAACUACAGUGGCGCAGCCGAUUAUUUGUAUCAUUUCCGUGUACUCUCGACCGACAGUGAACUCAACACCUCCGCUCACUGGGGCAAACUCGCCUCUGAUAUACUCACCGGAAAAUGGGACACAGCUCUAGAAGAGCUCAAUACCUUGCGAGAUGUCGUCGACUCCAGAUCACCUUCGUCUCUUUUGACGACACCGACCGAACCGGCUGCUCUAGCGCAACUCCACUCACGAACUUGGCUGGUCCACUGGUCACUUUUCGUGUAUUUCAAUCAUCCCCAAGGACGCACUCUCCUCCUCGAAACUUUCCUAUCUCCUACAUAUUUGAAUACGAUACAGACAUCUUGUCCGUGGAUUCUUCGCUAUAUCACUGCAGCCGCAAUCCUUUCCAGAAAGUCUGCGGCGGGAGGGAACAACUCCUCUUCUCGUGUGCGGUAUUCUAUCCGAGAGGUUGUCAAAGUCAUCCAAAUGGAGGAGUACCAAUAUCAAGACCCGGUGACUUCCUUCCUCAAGGAACUCUACGUUGAAUUCGAUUUCGAAGCCGCUCAGCGACAACUAUCGCUCGCGGAACGAGUCGUGACAGAUGACUUUUUCCUAGGAGAGUUCAGGGAUGAAUUUUUGGAUAACGCCCGUUAUCUUAUUAGCGAAGCAUAUUGCCGCAUUCACCAACGGAUCGACAUAGGAGAUCUGUCGGAGAGGUUGAACCUCUCCCGUGACGAAGGAGAAAAAUGGAUAGUUAACCUUAUCCGCGAGACCCGGAUGGGUGCAGAAGCGAAGAUCGAUCUUGAAAAGAACGUGAUCGAGAUCCAUCGCACAGCGCUUCCUGUAUACCAAACGGUCAUCGAGAAAACACCCUUAGGCGCUGGGAUGCUACAUUCUCAACAAGCGGUACAGAGUCAAUCCCAACCAAGCAUUAGUCGAUGGGGCGAGAUAAUUUCAUAUAGCGUAGUUUUUGUGAUGGACUAUCACCCACGACCUUCUUCCAACUUGUGCUGCCUUUGAACUAGCUAGUGGAUGUCCCCGUGUGGUGUGGCGCAGACAACACGUCCAGAAAUCCCCCACGCCGCUGGCGACCCCUACAGAAAUGAUAGCAUCAAGGUUAUCUGCUCCUAAAGAUGA